CCUCCCAGGCUGUUCAGGAGGCGUGGAUUAUGUCUGAACAUCGCUUAUUUUAUAAGGAGAACGGGGCAACCACCGCUUGGGGAGAGAGGAGCGGCCACCCAGGGGAGAAAUAAGCCCAAAUCCCCCCUCCCAUGGCGGGAUCCUGAGGGCCGGUGUCCUCAGGACGUUGUCGCCGGCGACAGCCCCGUCAUGUCGCGCACAUCCCCACCGGAGGGUGGUUUUCUGCAGCCACGUGUUCUGUUUAGCUUGGCAGCAGGCGGGUAUGAGGGUGCGUGCUCAGGUCGGCUUAUACCAGGAUGUUUUUUUGGUGACAGGCACCUGUAAUUAUACCUGCUCUGUUAAUAACCGGCUUUAAGGAAGAACUGAAAUAGGUUUACUAAUGCCCUCAGGCGAGCAUGGCUUUGUUUACUGGCAUUUGGUAGUGAUUUUGAUUGUUUUAUGUGGUUUUUCAGUGAUACUUAUUAAAUGCGAUCUGAUUAGGUGUGACUGUGAGUUACAGCUGAAGGGUACACAUAGGUGUAGAUUUCUAAGUAAGCAUGUGGUUUCUGACAUUACUUGUCUCUGUUUUGAGAGGUUUCCAACAUAAAUUAUUUUAAUGAACUCUGUCCCUUCUGCCUUUACUGGGAGUUAUUGUAUAAAUUUUACCAGGUGUUUCUUUAAUUACAUCUGUCUUGAGCGCUUUGAACUUCAUUUCAGUCUAAAUCAAGACAGUCUACUACAAAGUCCCUAAUUGUGAGCUUCUAUUUUUUUUCCCUUGGAAAUAUAAAAAUAAAUGAGAAGUGUGAAGGACAUAUUGACAUGUUAUUUUUUCACUUGUAGCUAAUGCAGCUCCCUAACUUUAAAGUGACUUGAUUUAAAAUCUAGGUUAAUGUUAUUGAGGUGGAUUUGUCUAGGAUAGGUACUUUAAAUUUUGAAAAGUGUCUGAAGUAUUGUAACUGAAUAUAUGUUUGUAAGCUGAUUAUAGGUCUGUCCCUCAUUUAAUGUUCAUAGUCUUAUUCAGGAUUUGUCAGAACAUGUGGGUAGUAUGUGUAUUUACUGAACAUCUCUUGUGGAGCUAUGUCACAGCUGUGUAUAGUCAGGACUUACUACCAGCACUGAUUGACUAUCAAGUGAAUAAUUGAUGUAGUAAUUCUCUUUCAUACCUUUCUACAUGAUAAACACACCUUGUCCUUUUUAAAAAAAAGCUACAACCAGUUCUAUUUAAUUAAAGGUUUAUGUUGUUUUUAUAUUGCUAAAGAUAGUGUGUUUUCCUAUGUGAGCACAAAAGACUUGGUUGAACAGAUUAGAUCUUUACAUUGGGAAUGGCUUUUGUUAAGAGGGCUUCCUGUCUGCUGACUGUAUGUAUGGCAGGGAAGUGGUUCUUCUCUCACCAGAAACAAGAAAAACACAUACUAGACAAACUCUAAGCCUUUCCCACUUAAGUGUUCAGACUGUUAACUGCCUAUUUAUAUACAUUGCAAGGAAUAGGCAUUUCUGGGACUUGAAACCUUUGCUCUGUUGGUGCUUAACUCUGAAGACUUUCAUGCUGUUUGCCUGUGUAGGGCAGUCUUCACUCUUACCCGAAGGGCCAGUCAUUGCAUUCAGAAAUAGGAGUAUAUAUGUAAAGUGAUGUUACGACAAGAUCUGUUUUAUGCAGGCAAGACAACUUUGAAAGAUAGAGGCACUAGAGAUAUCUGCUAAUGAACAGGCAUUGUAUAAGAGUAUAGCAAAACACUGUAGGCUUUUAGCAGUUUGGUAUUUCACAUAGGUCAUUAACCAGCUUGCAGGUUCAGCCCCAGUUGAACAAAUGACGGUCAGCUGCUGUCCUGCUCAGUGGGAGAGGAGGGAUCUUGGCAGAUGGUUCCUCUUUCCCUUCUCUUAAAGGAGGGCCAGCCUGUAAUGUGGUGUUAGCACUGUGCUAACCGCACCUUCAUCAGUUGCAUUGGUACAUGGCUGAAGUGCAACAGGCUUUAUCAGAUUAUGUAUUUUUGGUGAGACAAUGAAGGACUCCUAGUGUCAGGUCUCUCUGUCCCGCUUGCAUAUCAAAGAUUUCUAUAUCAACAGCAGUGUCAUCUCAGUAAAAAGAAAAAAUGUUGCUCUGUCAGCAAAAAGAUUCCUCACAGCUGCAACGAUCAGCAAAAAAAAGUUUAAGACUUUGUAUUGCACAAGGGUGAACAAUGAGGAAAUCCGCGUGUUAGUUGUGUGAGGGCAUAAGCCUGUGCUAGCCAUAGCAGUCCUGUGGCGAGGCUUUGGGAGCAUUAGAGGUCAUUCUAACAGUGUUUUUUGCUGCAGUAUUACAGGAUUGUUGUAUGUUAGAAAAUAUAUACUGUUCCUUUCUGGUUGCUCUCUUCCAAGCCUGUCUUCUGCUUCCUCAGAAGUGAUGGUCUUGUGACAGAAUAAUGUAUUUUAUUAUGUGUUUUUUCCUCUGUGUUCCUAAUCUUGACAUAGCUUCUAGUUUUCUCUAGUCUCUGCUGCCUAUUUCUUUGUAGGUGUUUUUUGGUUUUGUUUUCUUUUGUUUUCUAGUUGGUCAAAGCUGCUCAGUUUAGUUCAGUUAAGAUGAGGUGAACUGCUUGUAGGAAAAAAAAACCUGCCAAUUGUUUUGUUUCUAUCGUAGAAGUGGUGUAAUAAGGCACACAACUCAGGCAAAUACACAACUCCUGCCCUGAAGGCUUCAAGGAUAUAAAACAAACAAGGUUAGAGCAGAAAAUGACAUGCCAGAUCUUGAGUCAGCUGUUGCACACACCUUCAUGCAAAUCCUAGCUGUCAGUAGAUACCUGAAGUUAGGAGUAACAAAAGCAGACUCGGAGAGAAGGAAAAGUACUGGGAGACAAAACAAGCUAGGCUGAGAGAGACGGUGGUUGUUCUUUUCCUGGGUAGAUAAGGGUAAGAAACAGCCAAGGUCAUCAGUAAGGAAACUGUAUAGAACUGCAGUCACGUGCUGCUAAUUGAGGUGAAGGCGUACCACUGACAGGGUCUGUAGUUCCAAGUAAUUAAAUGUACGUCUGAACUUCAGACCAUGAGGUAAGUCACGGUAACUGGUAGUGCAAAGCUGCCUGUGUAUAAACACAUCAAAUCAAAUUAUCAAAAUGCCUGAGUAUUCAAAGUUUAUGCUUCUGAACAAGUUAUACUUUCAAAGGCGUUGUAGGAAGAAAUGGGAUUGAUGAUUAGGAUAUAUGGAGUGAGAAAUCAUAUAGCUAUGAUUUACAUCUAUAGGUCAAUUCUUAACAUAUUACUCAGUUUUAUGCUUUAGCUGGAAGAGCUGAGAAUGAACAUGGCAUAUUUUCAAACUGUCAGUCAGAUGUCAUAAUAAUAGCUGUAGUGUUCUUAUUUUUUCCACUGAGCGAUUUGCCUUCUGAAAUACGUUUUCAGCUAGUGUCCUGUCUGAGUCAAAACAGAAAUGAAAAGACACAAUUUGAAGUUGAAUGUUAUUUUUACAGGUCACAAGUUCUCUUUAAAUCCAUCUUCUUCUGGUCAAAUUAGUCAUGAAGGCAUCUACUUUGAUUGUUUGUCCUGUUUUACAUAUCUGUGCUUUCUGACAAGUGUAUCAUAUUCGCAAUUGAUUAUUAUAAUAAACUUAUUUACACAGUAAUAACUGAUCUUUCUCUUGGAAAGCAAACAAGAUAAUCUUAGAAGCUCAUAGGCCACGUUUCUUUUUGAAGACUUAGGUCUACUGUACCAGUAACAGAAAAUCAGCCAGUGUGUGGUUGCAAAUGAAUUUGGCACAAGUUAGAUGGAAGAAUAAAUAACAAGGACAACCAGUAACAACUGAUUGUGAUUUGGAGUUGUGGAGAAUUCACAGUCUUUCCACAAUGGGAGAAAGGACAGAUUAUACGAAGUCGCCUAGUUCACUGGCUGAAUACAGCCCCGUCAGUAAAUCCGACAGGACAGAUCCAAGCGACAGCUGUGAAAUGCAGGAUGGAAACCAAAAUACAAUGCAACUGAAGAAAGAAAUAUCUUUGAUAAAUGGGAUAAGCCUCAUAGUAGGCAACAUGAUUGGUUCAGGUAUCUUUGUCUCUCCCAAAGGAGUUCUCAUCUACAGCAAAUCUUAUGGAUUGUCUUUAGUAGUUUGGGCAAUUGGAGGGAUUUUUUCAGUAUUUGGUGCUCUCUGCUAUGCUGAACUUGGAACCACUAUUACAAAGUCAGGAGCCAGCUACGCAUAUAUCUUGGAGUCAUUUGGGAGCUUCAUUGCUUUUAUUCGUUUGUGGACCUCACUCCUAAUUGUUGAGCCAACUAGUCAGGCAAUUAUUGCCAUCACCUUUGCUAACUACAUAGUUCAACCUUUCUUCCCUUCCUGUGAUCCUCCAUAUUUGGCUUGCCGACUCAUAGCAGCUGCCUGUGAAUGUCUUCUAACAUUUAUAAAUUGUGCCUACGUUAAAUGGGGAACACGAGUGCAGGAUAUAUUUACUUAUGCUAAAGUCACGGCUCUUAUUGUCAUCAUCAUAACCGGACUUGUUAAAAUAUGCCAGGGCCAUACAUCACACUUUGAGAACUCGUUUGAGGGAUCCUCUUCUAAUGUUGGAGACAUUUCCCUCGCACUCUAUUCUGCCUUGUUCUCUUACUCUGGUUGGGAUACACUCAAUUUUGUAACAGAAGAAAUCAAAAACCCAGAAAGGAACUUGCCAUUGGCUAUUGCAGUGUCUAUGCCAAUUGUGACCAUUAUCUAUAUUAUGACCAAUGUAGCUUACUAUACAGUGCUGGAUGCUGAAGCUGUUCUUUCUAGUGAUGCUGUGGCAGUGACAUUCGCUGACCAGGUAUUUGGUAUCUUCAGCUGGACAAUUCCCAUUGCUGUAGCCUUUUCAUGUUUUGGUGGACUUAAUGCUUCAAUCCUAGCGUCAUCGAGGCUAUUUUUUGUAGGAUCUCGAGAAGGUCACCUUCCCGAUCUGUUGUCUAUGAUCCACACAGAGAGGUUCACACCUGUGCCAGCAUUGCUCUUCAAUUGUGCUAUGACCCUUAUUUACCUGGCUGUGGAAGACGUCUUCAAGCUUAUUAAUUACUUCAGUUUCAGUUACUGGUUUUUUGUUGGUCUGUCUAUUGCUGGGCAAUUAUAUCUACGUUGGAAGGAACCAGAUCGACCCAGGCCUCUUAAGCUGAGUUUGGCUUUCCCGAUAAUAUUCUGUAUAUGCACAGUGUUUCUGGUGGUAGUGCCACUAUAUAGCGACACCAUAAAUUCCUUGAUUGGAAUUGCCAUUGCUUUAUCUGGAAUUCCAGUCUUUUUCUUGGGAGUCUAUUUACCUGCAUCGAAGAGACCUCAGUUUAUCAACAAGAUUUUACGUACAGUCACACGAAACAUGCAGCUGCUCUGUUCCUGUGUUUUAACAGAGAUGGAUACAAUUGAAAAAAAGUCAGAAAUCAAAUCCAACUAAAAUUUCAAAGCCGGUACAAGAAACGGGAGGGAGGAUAAGGCAAUUAUGACAACAAAAGGGAAGAGAAGGAACUGGGAAAAACGGCAAAACUAUUUCCAGUGGUCUUUCAGAAACACUGAAAAUGUACUUACUUGCAGUUGGAUUCCCACAUAAGUUGUGCCCUUGUGUCACCCUCCUAAACUGCGGCAUGUUUUCAGGGCAUGGUGUUAUUGGAUUAUGAUUAUGUACUCAUUUCAGGCACACAAGCUCUGCGUCAAUACUGUUCCUUCUUCUUCAGAAUUGGUGUUAAAAUGGUAAGAGCUAAUGGAUCAAAUUAGAUUUCUGCAGAAACAGGCGGUGAAGUAAUGCAUUUUUAAGUUAGACUGAAAACCACUUUGACUCAAAAGACCAAAAGGCAUUUCCAGCUUAAUUCUGAUGGUUGUUUGCAUGAAGUUGAUUUGCAGUGCUAUCUCAGUCCUUAUCCCAGAAGACAACUGGUCACAACAAACUACCUGAUUUGUCAUUAUUAGCAGAAAAAUGAAUAAAGUUGUGCUAUAUUAUUUAAAGACUGAACCAGCCUUUCUCCCUUAAAGAUAAGUAUUUUAUUCCAUAGGCUGUGUGGAAAUGUGGUAUCUGACUGUUGCAAGGGUUUAAUCAACAACGCACCUUGGUGCUAAAGCUUUGAUUAACAUUUGAUGAUUCUUUCUGGUUAGCUUGUUAGUACAUGGUCACCUUAUGACAGGUUUUAUGAAACUUCCAAAAUUAAAAUGCUCAGUUUGAAGCUUGUAA